AGGGGUUCGACUAAGGUCCUCUGGAAUAAUUCUACGCCAUGACUGCAUGAUACCCGCCCUUCACUUAACUUAUGUAACGCUGUGUCUCACCGCAGGUUGAAAUUCAAAAGUAAGGGUUCACAAAUGAAUUUGAAAUCUGGGCGUAUUUGUAGUUCAAUGGAUGAACAAAUUUGCAUCAAAGAAUAUUUUAUGUCCGAGCUUUGCUAAAAAUUAUCAUCACCUGUCCUGGACGAUCUUAAUAUGGUAUCGAGUCAUGUCGUAGCUCUAUUUCUUCAAAACGAUCCUUCCUAUCCACAUCUAAUUGUCAUUUGGAAUUCGAAUGACUUGAGCUAUCAAUGCGUUCGAUAAAUCAUUUUAGCUUUCAGAUUUCUGAAGUGAUAACUUUUUGCUUUGGUAGUGUUUCCCCUUUUCAGCCACACAAGGGGUUUCACUACUUACUGAAUACAGCGGGAAACACCGCAAAGAGUGCGAAACAGGGAAACGUCGCAUAACAGAGGAAAACAGCGCGGAUCAGAGAAAACUAGCGCAAAACAGGAGACGCAGUUAUUACCACAUUAUGGCGGCUCCUGCCACGAAUGAACCGCGGCGUCUCUUGCCAUGGUUCUAUGCCGCUAUUACUGGUAUAUUCACAACGUUAUGUACCGGAUUUUAGGUCAUCAUGCGAAAUUUAAUCUACUUUUCUUUUUAUCUAACUCUAACCUAAACCCAAAUUAAUCAAAACUGUAUCCAUAUGGAAAACGUUCUAAAUUACGGUACCCAAAAUGUGUCACCAGCAGGGGCAGACCUGCCAUUACAGCCUACAUGCCUUAGUUUGUGUUUUUAAUUUGUUGCUGUGGUACUCCAACUCAUUGCAGAAUUUUUUUCUGCUCUGCGCUGUUUCCCUCUGUUUGCGGAGGUUAUGCACAAGUUAAGCUUUUUUUUCUGACAACAAGCCCCCAUGCAUUCAUGAUCUCACGUCACAUGAACUACAUAAUUGUUGCCCAAAUUGUCAUCCAAGUAUUUUGAUCAAUAUGGUACUGUCAUAUGAAGAUGUUUGUCUUUAAAUUUGAUGCUAGUUUUAUUACUGUAUUAACUAACAGAUGGCAAAAUCCCAUUUUUGUCACAUUCGAUUCUGUAUGUGUACAAUCCAAAUCCUAUACGCCCUAAUAGGGUUUCUAUCUUUAUUUUAGAAAAAUAUAAUUUUUAUUGCUGAUAUUGUUCCUUUAUGCUGAUUGUGAAUUCCAUUUCUUCCAGAUUUGCUAUAUAAUAUUAGUAAAGAUGAACAGCCUUAUUGUGCCAAUAGUAAUGUGGGGUGGGAAACCCCCUACACAUAAAAUUCGUGCAAUAACAAUGACGAAGGAUUUGAAACAUAUUUUAACUGGUUGUGCUGAUGGUCAAAUUUGCAUAUGGGAUAUGAACGAUACUACAAAGAGCAUUCAACCAAAGAUGCUAUUGUUUGGUCAUUCAAGUUCAGUUGUCAGCAUAGUCUCAAUUAACAAUGGAACAAAGGACACAAAGUUCAUGGCCAGUGCAUCGUUGACUAAUGAGUUAUUUUUGUGGGAUUUAUCAGAUGGCCGCUGCUUGGAACAAACCAGAUUAUCUGGUUCCCCAUCUAGAUUAAUGUUAACUGAAAUAACUAUUGAUGGAAAAGCAGAAUCGUGUAUUUUAUGUGUCGGACUCUUUGCUGAAAUAUUUAUUCUUUCAGCUGUAACUCUUGAAAUGGUCGCUACUUUGGUAUCAAGAAUUUAUCCUGAUUGGAUAAACUGUUGCUGUAUCACAAACUCUGGCCCUGAAAUGUCUGUGGUUGGACUUACUAUGUCAGGUACAAUAAAAGUUUGGCAAAUACCAAAUAAUUUGUCAACAAAAUCAUCCCCUAUAUUAGAGGAUGAAUCAAAACAAUUAAGAUGCCAAAAUGCAGUGCAGUUAACUCAUGCUUCUCAUCCCGAUAACUAUUUACUCAUUGUAUGUCCAUAUGAAUGGCAAUUGUAUGAUUCUGGUGACUUUUCAUUACUUUGUACUGUUCCAUCCCCGCAUGGGUCUGUGUUUAGUGGGGGAGACUUUUUGAAAGACAAUUAUAGUGUUGCUUUAUAUGAUCAGAAUGGAAUCGUGUUCUUGUAUUCAUUACCCACUACAUCUAUGCUAAGAGGCUCAAGAGACUCUGUAAAAGAUUUUGAUAAAUGCAAAGUAAGAUUGCUGUAUUCAUUUUGUAGCAAGGAAACUAGUGAAUUAUCAUCGCCUCCUGUGAUGGAUUUAUUCAAUGAACAGAAUGGUGAUUUUAUUUUAUGUUCUGGCAAUAGUAACGGCAGUGUCUCUCUAUGGUCAAUAUCCAAGAAUAGAGAUCACAUAUCCGAUACAGUGAAUUUAUUAUGCAAUAUAGGGUUGCAAACUCAUUGGGAAAGUUUAGUGCGUAAGCCUGCUGGUAUAAUUGACCAGUUAGGAAAAGAUUUAAAUAUUUCUGUUACCACCAGCUUGUAUAUUGAAAGUUUGGGGCAGUUAGCUUGUGGCCGUGAAGACGGCAGCAUAAUUAUUGUGCCUGCUGCAAGAGCUUGCAAGUCUCGUUUAUUACGUGAUGGACCAUUAACAAAAAAGACAUGGCUUCCUCACAGAACAAUGCGAGGACACCAAGAUAGAGUUACGUAUUUACUCUAUCCUCAUCAGGAAUCAAAUAGAUAUUCAUCUCAAAUAUUUGUUUCUGGCAGUGCGGAUUUUACAAUAAUACUAUGGGAGUUAUUCACCGGAGUGCAACUCCAUGUUUUCAAUAUCCAUGGUGGUGAAAUUACACAACUAAUCGUACCACCGGAGGAAUGCAGUCCAAGAGUGCAACAAUCAAUUUGCAGUGUUGCCAGCGAUCAUUCUGUCGCAAUAUUAAGUAUAAGAGAAAGAAAAUGUGUGAUGCUUGCUGCCAGUCAUACAUCAACAGUAGUUUCUAUAAAAUGGAGACCAUUGGAUGACUUUGUACUUGUUGCUUGUGCGGACGGUGGACUAUUUGUAUGGCAGAUGGAAACAGGUCACCUUGACCGCUAUGUCACUGGUGUAACUGCCACUGAGAUUUUUGCAGCUUGUGAUGAAUCCAGCAGUAAUAGGACUGAUGAUAUUGUACAUGGCAAUGUCAAUUUGUCUCAAGCAUUUAAGCGAAGAAAUUUGGCUGGAUUCAAAGCUGCAGCACAGCAAGGAUUGCGCAAUAUUAUCGAAACCAUCGAAGACAAAAUACAGGACGAUGGAGAGAAACAAGGUAAUCUCAAUGCAAUGUCAUGUACAAAAGCAAUGCUUGUACAACCACUGCGAGCAUCACCAACACAAGAUGAUGAUUCUCAUAUCGUAUUUUUCAAUACUGAAGCUAUUAUUGGCACUCUUUUACAAGAACAAGCUCUGAGAAAGAAACUUUCUCGAGUGCAAAAACGAGCAGAAAAUGGGAAUAAUCCCAGCUCAGCUCGUAAAGUUCUUAAUGCAUUUAUAUACCAAGUCAAAAAUCAAUUGUUGGAUUCCAGUGAUCAGGGAUCGUCUGCAGCUAGUACGCCAAAUAUUUCUAGAAAACAUAAAGAAAAAGAGAAAAAGUCUCCAUCUAUGGAAGUUGACACAAUAAUGAAUGUGGCUCAAUUAUUACUAUCUUGCCUACAUGGUUGGGGCUUAGAUCAAAAGUUGGAUGAUAUAUGCAAAAACAAACUUGGUAUUUUUGAGCCUCUAAUUCCCAUUUGCUUUGGUCUGUUGUCACGAGAAGGGCAAAUGGCCCUUAUGUUACCUACCUGGACAAAACAAAAAGAAGUACGGAUUACCAAGUCUGAGGAUAUUGUCGAUGGUUGCACACACCUCACUUUUUCAAUAAUUGAGGAUAAUGUAGCAAAAACAGAUGAUGUUUGCUCACAUUCAGGACAUUGGGAAGUUUCCAGUACGAUCACAACACAUCAUCUCAUAAGCAUUAUUGCCGUUGCAAACACAUUGAUGGAACUUUCAAACUUGAGUUUUUCGAAUAAUACUAAAACAAGUAAUGCCAAUGGAACAUCUUUGACAGAGGAUUCAACAUCAAGCAAUAUUAGUGACGGAGUUUCUGAAAGUCCUGGAGAAAUGGCUCAGAUAAAACAAGGCUGGGCAUUGCUGGCAACGAUGCAUUGUGUGUUAUUGCAAGAGCUGUUAGAUUCUCCUUUAUACAAGCCUCCUAAAUUAGAAUUAUUGGCAAGGCGGUGGCAAGACAGAUGCUUGGAAGUGAGGGAAGCUGCACAAGCUCUGCUCCUUGCAAAAUUGAGGCAGAUUGAACCAGAAGGACGCAGAAAGAUAGUGGAAGAAUGGGCAAGACAUAUGCCUGACUAUGUUCAACAACAGCACAUUGAUCUUGUACCAAACACUAGAACGGAAGAGAGAUUGAAUUCAGUUUCUGCCUCUGGUACUCCUACUGAUGACAUCAUGGACAAAUCAAGUGUAUCGAGUGUCGAACUUGCCACAGAGGCACCAACUCAGUCACUACGCCCCACUGCGCAAAGACUCUCCUAUGAGACUAGGCGCCGACAGGCAACAGCUGUGAUUAUUCUUGGAGUCAUUGGAGCAGAGUUUGGACAAGAAAUGGAGCCUUCUCGGUCUAAUAAUGCAAGCCCUUCUAAAUCUCAAAGCAAAUCAGAAAUUCCUGAAGGAUUCAAACUUACUAACUAUUCAAUGGCAAGAAAUACUUGCAAAGCUCUUGUAUAUCUUUUGCUCUACCCUGCCUCGCCAAGGUUGCCAGCCAAUGCUCCAAUAAGACGAGCUGCGAUAGAUCUGAUAGGAAGAGGUUUUACUGUCUGGGAACCUUAUGUUGAAGUGUCUGCUGUUUUGCUUGGCUUACUGGAAAAUUGUGUUGAUUAUAGUACCCAUUUGGCAAGCAUUCAAAGUGGUUUACCUUUAUCUGCUCAAGCGGAUUCAUGUCGUUCAUCUCAUCAUGCUCUUUGUCUAAUAGCUACUGCUCGACCUUUGACAUUUAUUACUACUAUAGCUCGUGAAGUUGCUCGCCACAAUGCUGCAGCUGCCAAUCCUCAACAUCAAGCGUUGCUUGCGACUUCAAUCAUUGUCCGAUCCAGGGCUGAGGUGCUAAGAAUCAUAGAGCUGCUGGCAGAUAAAAUGAUGUCAGAUGUCAUGGACUUGCUGGUUGAAGUUAUAGACGUUAUUCUUUUUUGUAUUGAUACUAAUGCAUUGCGCACGGCUAAUAGUUUAAUCGAAGCUGUGCCAGCCCUGUCUCGUUUUCACACUAUUUCAUAUGAUCCUCGAACAAGACGUAUUGCUGUUGGAACUCGUAGAGGUGCAAUAUAUUUAUACGAUCUCAGGACUAAUAAACAUCAAAUCAUACAUCGUGGAAGAUAUACUAUAUCCACAUUAGCCUUCUCCCCAGAAGGGAAAUAUCUUUCUGUGUAUAGUGUUCAAGAUAACCUUCUUAGUUUCUGGAUGACAUCAUCGACCUUGUUUGGUAUGCUACAAGCACAGGUGAAAAAUGUUAAAACAGUACGCUUACUGCCAUCUUCAGUAAAUCAGCGUAUUGUAAGUUCCCCUGAUCACACAAGAGACAAUAGCAAAAAUUUUAUGAAAUUAUCUUGGGUUAAUAAUCGUAUAACUGUUUUGUUAUUGCCAGAUGGUAAUGAAUACAAGUGUCAUGUAUGAUAUUUCUUAUGCCGAAGAGGGAUUAUUAUACAGCUUUGACACUUGUAAGUAAUUGGAAUAAUUUGAUAUAAAGUAUUUGACCCAAUGACUAUUUACAUUGUUCCAAUAUGCGAAAUCAAAGUGGUAUAUGUCAUGCAGUAUAUAUGUGUGACAUCUUUGAAAAAUCAAUAUUUUUAGUCUUCAAUAUUCAGUAGAUAAGUCAACCUUUCACAAGACAUGAAAUUGAUCAAUUGAUAUUCAAUAUUUGUUGAUAUAUCUGUGUUGGCAAUUACUGGAUAGUUGGGCAUGCAAAAUUUUUUUCUAUACUAUUUCAACUGAAUCAUUACAAAAUAAUAUAUAAAUAAGUCAAUAUUUCAAUACCCACUGCAUAAUGAUGCACUAAUCUAAUAAUGCUAUUCAUAGUAUGUCAUAAUUCUGGGAAGGGUUUGUUACUAUUUCCUUCCAUUAUAAGCGACAUGAUUUGUUAGUUUGUUUACACCUGCCUAGGUAACCUUGAAGUGAAACCUUAAAAUUUUUAAUUUAGGUCUACACUAGCAUGAUAAAAUUUAUAAAGAACGUUCAUUUUCUCAUCUUGGAUCAAAGCAGCUGUUAGCUGUGUUUAUACUCGUAAUAUAUUCAUAUGUGAUAGCAUACUUAUUUAUUUGUUUAUCUUCAUUUUACUGUAUUUUAGAUCAAAAGUUUAUUUUUGUUUAUGAUUAUUGGGUUAUUGGUGACAGAGGUAAUGGUGCAUGUUCGGAUAUUCAAUUUGAGGUGUUAGAAGUUCAUGUUUUUUAUUUUCAUUAUUUACAUCUUAUGCUUAGCUCUUUUAAUGGUAAUUGAGAAAAUCAAAUUAAAAAUAUUGUAUUCGUUUGGUUAUUUCAUAUUGUCUUUUAUUUUGAAAUUGCAAUGUUUUUUAAACAAAAUCGUGCUUAAUAUGUAAGCUGCUGAUUCUUUGCCACUAAUCCGAAUUGCAUUAUCAAACAUCUCAAAUGACAUAUCGAUUUUUAAUAACUUUUGGAAUGACAUUUAUUUAGAUUGAACUCUUUUUGAAUUUCAUAUGUCAAAUGCCACCUUGUAUUUCAUGCUGCAUAUUAUGUGACAAACAAAUUACGUAACCUUAUGAUUGUAUCUUCAUUACCUGAUUGCUAUGACCACUUAAAGUUUAUCUAUAAUGUUGAGAUGAAUAAUGCAAGUACCUGAUUUGUCAUUUAUUGACUAAAUAAUUGAUUAUGAGCAACCAUCUAAAUCAGAGAUUAUGAUGACAAAAAUUCGAUGUGCUUCAUUUAUAACUCGUUCGAAUUUCUUGAUUUUAAAUUGUUGUUGCGCUCUUAAAAUUUGCUUCUUUCUUACUCAUAGAAUUAUACCAAGCCUAUGUGAUGUCCUGUCUCUGCCCAUAGGGAUAUUGUGCAAUUUUUAUGUUUGAAAUUUUAUUUCUAUAACAGUCACUGUGUACUGCCUGAUGGAAUACUAUUUGUCGACAAAACUACUCGAUUGAAAACAAUAAAUAAAUCAGGUCGAUAAUAUA